GUUCACGUUGGUAGCGCGCCUGUCAGUGUGAGUUGGCAACUCCGUAUUUUGACAGUAAAUAAAUUAAAUGUUUAUAAAAUUCGAGUAAACAUCAUGGUUUAAAAAACAUCAUCACUUGCAACAACAUAACAUUGACUAACAUCAUAAGACGAAAGAAACAACUCAAGAAAUUGUGUGCUAAAUUUAUGUUGUGCUAUUAAACAAUGAGCUCAGUCGAUGUGGAUGUCUCGAGCGAUACCAAAGUGAUUCCAGUGAGACAAAAGGAGUCCACGAAGUAUUGUUGGGUCUGUUUUGCCACAGAUGAAGAGGACAGGGAGGCUUCUUGGGUGCAACCUUGCAAUUGCAGGGGAACUACCAAAUGGGUGCACCAAGUAUGUUUGCAACGCUGGGUGGAUGAGAAACAAAAAGGUGGCAACACAGGACGAGUGAUUUGCCCGCAAUGCCAGACUGAGUAUAUCAUUGUGUUUCCAAACAUGGGGAUCCUAGUCUUAUUUAUGGACACUGUUGACGGUUUUAUUUACAAGGGCUGUCCUUUUUUGGCCGCUGGUAUUGUUGUGGGGGCCAUCUAUUGGUGUGCGGUUACAUAUGGUGCCAUUACAAUCAUGCAGGUUAUUGGACAAAAAGAAGGUUUGGCCAUAAUGGAACAAGCUGACCCUUUGGUUUUACUAAUUGGUUUACCCGCUAUACCAGUUGCUUUAGUUUUGGGCAAAAUGAUACGUUGGGAAGAUGCCGUUUUAAAUUUUAUGAGAAAAAACGUGUCCAAAGUACCGAUUUUGAGAAGUAUACUGCCGUUCAGACUGGAUAUAUCCCAUAAUUCUGAAUCGGGCACUGAAAACGACUUGCCGCCCUUAUCGAACCCAGUGUCCGCCACCAGAGUGUUAUGUGGCGCCCUAUUGAUGCCCACAAUUGCAAAUAUUUUCGGUAAAUUUUUCUUCGAUUCGGUUAAGUCAAACUUCCACAAAACCGUGCUUGGCGGUUUUGCCUUCAUAGCAAUCAAAGGCUGUCUGAAAAUUUACCACAAACAGCAGCAGUACAUCAGACAGUGCCAGCGCAAAAUUCUCGACUACACCGAACAUAACAUUUCCACUUAUUUGCACAACAGACGAGAUGAAUAGAUUGUAUAUAGAUUUGAUGAAUAAAAAAUGAUUUCCUUCAUGAUUAUAUGGUAUUUGUACAUUUACUAGACUAAUGAGUUUUUUGGAAAAUUUUGUUGAACGUUCUGAAAUAGCGAGUUUACAUAUUAUUGUUGUUUAUUUUUACAAUAAAACAUUAUUUUG